CGCUUCCCAUUCUCUAGUUCAGACAUUCCUCCCCUCUGGUAAAACUUCUACACAGCAACCUGGAGAUUGUCCACGUUUACAGCCUUCAGACGUCCGCUGCUCUGCUCCACAUCUACAGCCUCGGCCUCCCCACAUUUAUUGGUUUUAUCACUAUUGUCUUGUUUUUGAUCCUUCUUAGUUAUUUAGCGUGACUCUGUAAAGAUGUUUUCCUGCUGCGUUGUCCUUUUUCUCCUCACUACGUGGUCUUCCGCGGGGUGUAAUCCCAGUCCGGUGUUAGGAGAUGUAGUCGUGGACAGAUACUUCAUCCCAAAAGUCUGUGCCAGAGAAGCGAAAGAGGGAGAUUAUGUUCGCUAUCACUACAACGCCACGUUUAUCGACGGGAAAACAUUCGAUUCGAGCCAUCAGAGAGGAGCCGCAAAGGUCGGUCUGUUGGGUGAGGGUCGACUCAUCGCCGGCAUUGACAAAGGUCUGCAGGGCAUGUGUGUGAACGAGCGCAGGACAAUCACCAUCCCGCCUCACCUGGCCUAUGGAAGCACCGGUGCAGGUGAAGUGGUUCCUCCAGACACCACCCUGGUGUUCGACAUCCAUCUGUUGGAUCUGUGGAACAAAGCCGACCUGGUCAUCACCAAAACCAUCACCACUCCCAAAGACUGCAAACGCUCCGUGAUGCGCACUGACUUCGUGCGUUACCAUUUCAACGGCACCCUGCUCGAUGGCACCCUCUUCGAAUCCAGCUACACCAGGAAGCAGACCCAAAACUCCUUAGUGGGUGAGGGUUGGCUGGUCAAGGGCAUGGAUGAGGGCCUGUUGGGCAUGUGCGUGGGAGAGAUCAGAAAUAUUGUCAUCCCACCAUUUAAGGCCUACGGAGAGAAGGGAUCAGGUAAAGAGAUUCCCCCUCAGGCGACCCUGGUGUAUGACGUCCUGUUGGUGGACAUUCAUAACCCGAAGGAUAACGUCACCAUUGAAGACCAGGUGGUGUCAGAGUCGUGUACUCGCAGGUCUGUUGCCGGGGAUUACAUUCGGUACCACUACAACGGCACCUUCCUGAACGGAGUCACAUUUGACACCAGCUACCAGAGGAACAGCACAUACAACACCUACAUCGGGAUGGGGUAUGUGAUUUCAGGCAUGGACCAGGCCCUGCUGGGAGUCUGCACUGGGGAGAGGAGGAGGGUCAUCAUCCCUCCACACCUGGCGUAUGGAGAGCAAGGAGCAGGUGACAUCAUCCCCCCUUCAGCUGUGCUCGUCUUCGACCUCCACAUCAUCGACUUCCACAACCCCAGUGACACAGUGGACAUCCAGAUCACCUACAGGCCUGAAGUGUGUAAUGACACCACCGCUGUGAACGACCUCGUCCGCUAUCACUACAACUGCACCCUGGUGGACGGCACACUGCUCUUUUCCUCACAUGACUACGAGAACCUGCAGGACGCAGUGCUGGGGGCAGACAAAGUGAUCGACGGGCUGGACGAGGGUUUGCGGGGCAUGUGUGUGGGAGAGAAGAGGCUGGUGACAGUGCCUCCUCAUUUGGGCCACGGAGAAAAAGGAGCCACUGGUGUGCCGAGCAGCGCUGUGUUGGUCUUUGACAUUGAGCUGGUGAGCUUUGAGAAGGGAGUACCCCCUGGUUACCUGUUUGUGUGGCUCAUGGACACUCCUGAAAACCUGUUUGAAGCCCUGGACAUCAACAAAAACCAAGAGGUUUCACAGGAGGAGUUUGGGGAGUUCAUCAAGCUGCAGGUGGCAGAGGGCAAAGGUCGCAUAAAGCCCGGCCUGACUAUGGAGCAGGUUGUUACAGACAUGUUCCAAAACCAGGACCGAAAUAAAGACGGAGUGAUUACAGCCAAUGAGCUCAAACUGAAGGUGGAUGAGGACAAGGAGAGGGAACAACUGAGGCACGAGGAGUUGUGAUGAGGACAAAUGUUUUCAUUCUCUCUCAGGGAUAAACCCCCAACAUCUUAAAAACAAGCAACGAGAGACUUUUCCCAUACAGUGUCAUUUUUAAUAAUGGACAGUUUUUAAAUGACAAGAAAAUAGUGCAAAGGAUCUUUUUGUGGAGUUUUGUGUUGUUUGAGUGUUUGAGUUUGAUAGUUGUGUUUCAGAAAACCAAACAAGCACCUUUAUUUGUCCCUGAAAGUCACAUUAAUUAAAAUGUUUCUAAGAAAAUGAA